AUGGCUGUGAAUGUAUCUACGGUGCCCUCCAAUAGCCGCGAUGAAGCCGCGCAGGACAAAUUCGAACUCUUUCAGGAGGUAGAGAAGGCAACAGGCGCGAUUUCCGAGCGUGAAGCUCGGAUUGACACCCGGUUCACACCUGAAGAACAAAAACAAAUCAUCCGUCGGGUUGACAAACGACUUAUUGUCACCUGUGGGAUCAUGUUUUGCUUCAGUCUCAUGGAUCGCAACAACCUUGGAGCGGCUUCAAUCGCGGGCAUGACAAAAGAACUGAAACUCAUUCAAUAUCGAUAUUCGACAAUAGCUCUAGUCUUCUUUAUCACCUACGUACUUAUCCAACCAUUGGCGAAUGUCCUCUGUAGGAGAUUUGGGCCACGGGUAUAUCUGGCUUUUAUUACCACUACAUGGGGGAUUACUAUGACGUGCUUCGGAUUUCCCAAGUCAUGGGAGGCUUUGGUCGCCCUACGUCUUGUUCUUGGUGCGCUUGAGGGUGGUUUCUUCCCUGCCUGCUUGUACCUCAUCUCAACCUGGUACACACGUUACGAAGUCCAGAAACGAUUUGCAGUCUUCUAUCUUCUAGGUUGUCUUGCCUCGGCUCUUGGAGGUAUCCUAGCUUAUGGAUUGAUGCAAAUGGACGGCGUGGGACACUAUGCAGGAUGGAGAUGGAUUUUUAUAAUUGAAGGGAUUUUGACAAUACUGAUCGGCAUCGUGGGAUAUUUCUUCCUGGUCGAUUUUCCAGAUCGCGCAGCAAAAACAGCAUGGCGUUUCCUCAACGAGGAAGAGUGCCAGUUCAUCACACGACGCAUAGCGCAAGAUCGAGACGAUGCUGAAUUGGAUCCUUUCAGCCUGAAAAAGUGGACUCGUGCCGGUCUCGAUCUGAAGAUCUGGGGGUUUGCACUCCUUUUCUUCUUCAAUGGCACGAUCGCAUAUGCCAUUGCUUUCUUCCUUCCUAUCAUCCUCAGAUACAACAUCGGGUUCUCAAUAGCAGCGUCGCAAUGUCUGGUAGCACCGCCUUACGCGCUUGCGGCACUUCUAAUGUACGCAACGGCUUGGGCUAGUGAUAAGAUGCGACUUCGAGCGCCAUUCAUCGUGUUCAAUGCUCUCCUGGCGAUGAUUGGAUUGCCCAUGCUUGGAUUUGCUAGAAACAAUGCCGCUAGAUAUGUCGGAGUAUUUCUCGCUACAGCAGGGGUGACAGCAAACUUUCCGGCGAUCAUGGCAUACCAGGCCAACAAUGUUCGUGGGCAAUGGAAACGGGCAUUCAGCAGCGCAUCGCUCGUCGGAAUGGGUAGCGUUGGGGGAAUUGCCGGCGCUCUCGUCUUUCGGACUCAGGACGCACCGACGUAUAAACCUGGAAUCUACGCCGUCCUGGCUUGCAACACUUUGCUGAUUCUGGUCACGGGCGUGAUGAGUGUCUACUUUCAUCGGUGUAACAAAAAGGCUGACCAAGGUAAAGAGGUGAUCGAAGGCCUCGAAGGGUUCAGGUUUACGCUGUGA